GUGGAAUUAAAAAUUUCACAUCCUUGAAGGAAUGAAAAACCGACACGGAUGAUACCAACAAGCGUCUUGGUAACUUUGAACGGUUUGAAGCUUAUAAAUUCAUAGAGAAAGAUUCCCAUGAUAUUAACCAGAAGUUGACAGAUUUAAGGAAUCAGUUCCAGAAAGCAAGAGAAUGUGUAGAAAAGUUGCCAGGAGUUCAGUAUAGUAAAGAAGAACAAAUUCGACAAAUCGAUAUUCUUAGACAACAAUUAAUUCUAAAGCAGGAACUUAUUCAAAAGUAUCGUAAUUUAUCUCAUUUUAAUAUUGAUACUUGAAAUUUGUCUGUUUACAAAUGGAAGAAUCAGACCAACAUCCUAUUUUCAAAACUGACCCAGAAGAAUGGAUGCAACUGUUAUAUAAACAAGUCAGUAUAAUUACUGAUAAUGAUGUUGAACACACAGGCUGGGUGUAUACAGUCGAUCCUGUGUCACAGUCCUACGUGUUAGUUCAAUUUACAGAUGAGAAAAUCGGUUUAGAAAUUAUACCAGGACAUGCUGUUAGUAAAUUAACGGUUUUAAAUAAUGAUAGUGAGUUACAUCGAGAUAAGUUAAAUAGCUUAUUUAGACCUCAAAGAACUCACGAUAUCCCCUCUGAAGAAAUAAAGAAAAGACAAUUGAUAUUAAAAUCGUGGUUUGAAAAAAAUCGAUUACCAGUGGUAGUGGCUGGUGAUGAACUAAGUAUCUCUGAUGCACUGACUAUCCAUCCACCCUAUACCCCAGAAGAUUGUGUCAGUUCUAAUGAAAUUAUUCUAGGAAGAAUACAAGGAUUAAUUAAAAAUAUGCCAAAAGAUCAUGAUGAAUGGUAGCAAAUGUUACAUCUCAGUAAAAUUCAAUUAAGACUUAUCCUAAUUAUGAUAAAUGGUCAUUUCAUUUCAGACAAACAUUAAAAAAUAGCAAUGGCAAAAAAAGUCUCUAAUUUCAUAUGUGUCAAAACAUUUAAUUUAAUUUGAUGAAAAAAAAAUUAUGAUUUUAUAGAAUAAAAUAGGACUGGUUUCU